GAGCCCACAGAACAAAUUCAACACAAACGGCUGCUGGACGUGUGUGAAAGCAAAGCGCAUAGAGUGCGGAGCGCAAGCGAGAAAAUAUAGAGAAAGGCUAAAGCGGGGCAAACACAUACACACAAACACAUAGACGCACAGACAGGGACACAUUCACACGCGCACGCACAUACACACGAUUAGAGAUUAAUAAUACACAAAUAAGUUGAAUACGAAAAAGCUGAAAUAACAGUUAUUUAUAGUAAAGCGCUUGAAGUGAUUGUGCGUAAAAACGCUCUGCAAAUUUCUACAACAACAAAGUGGGUUAAGACGAAAGCUUUGCGUGAAAAUAAUUCUUUUGAGGUCGCUCGUAAAAGCAUUCUACAUUUUUUCUUGUCCAUUGUUGUGUUGUUGCUGUUGUUGUCAGUAGUGAAAAAAGCGUUGCAGACAUCGGUUGCAUGUGUGUAUGCGGCAGGGCAGAAGUGAAAAAAUGCAGUGCAGCAGCAAAAACAAAAACGAAGCAAAGCAAAUGGCUUGAUAGGCAACUAAAUAUUUAACAAUUUUUCAAUUCAAUUAUAACAUAACCAAAAACGAACGUGAUAUUUUAAAACUGUGGCCUGCUUUUAGCACAGUACAAAACAACAAACACAAAACACACACAGAAGCAUAUACACGUACAGACACACACCAACACACACGCAAACUAUAUAGCAAUAUAUGCCCAUUGAGUGCCUUAUAUCAUUUGAUAAUAAUCCACAAGGUGUCUACUAUGCCGGACAGGAACUAUCUGGCGUUGUUGAUCUCAGCGUCGAUGCGACCAAGCGCAUUAAAGGCAUUCAUGUCACCGUCAGCGGUUAUGCCAAGAUACGCUGGAUAAAAAAGGGAUAUCCGCGGGACAGCGAACGUGCCAUGUGUCGUGCCUAUCGAUCUUACCUGUCAUCGCGAUCGUAUGUCCUUGGCUCCUGUGCGGGGAACUCGUGCAUCGAUUGGCUGGCCGGCGAAUAUUCGUACACGUUUCACGUCAUACUGCCCGAUAAUCUGCCCACAUCCUUUGACGGCAAGUAUGGUCAAAUACACUAUGAGAUCAUAACGACGAUCGAGCGAUCGGGUCGCUACCCGAAAGUGUUCAAGCUGCCAUUUACCGUGAUACAACCAUUGGACCUGAACGCCGAUGCCAUCUACAAAGUACCUCUGGAGAUACUCGAUCGCAAGCGCUUCUGGAGCUUUUGCUGUCCAACGGGGCCGCUCACCGUGAAGUUCUCGACCCCCUACUGCGGGUAUGCGCCCGGCCAGAAGAUCCAUUUUGUUCUGUACAUCAACAACGAGUCGUCGAUCGAUAUAACCGAGUGCGAGGUGAAGCUGAAGCAGGAGGUUAGCUACGAGUCGCACGAUCCGCAGCACGAGUAUCGCUAUGACAAACACCUGAUAGCCUUAAAGCAGUUCGGCAACGUGUUGCGCUGGUCGCGAAAGGUGUACAGGGGAUACUUGGAUUUGCCCUCGAUACCGCCGACAUCGGUGAAGCCGACCUGCCCCAUUAGCGUUAACUAUUCGAUUAAGAUCAUUGUGAAUCCGACCGAGUUCCAUUGGAAGCUGAAACUCAAAGUUCCGCUUACCAUCGGCAGCAUACCCAUCAUGGAUGGACCCGAUGCGCUGCUCCGUUUCAAUCGCCAGCAGCAACAGCAUCAAGUAGUUAGUCAACAUUUUCAAAUGUCAACGCAGCAGAACCAAAGGCCGCAGCGACCACCGCAGCGUGGCAGCCUACAGAACAGUAGCAACAAUAGUAACAACAGCAACAUCAACAGCAACAGUAACAACAACAACAACAACAAUCAGGCAACACGGGCCAUGCAACGUGCGGGUGCAAUACUGCCGGCCCAAUCGAGUCCCUCAUCGAUGCCAACGACUGCCGACCUGAGGCCAAUGGCCACCAUGCCAGCGAUAUUAGUGACCAGCGAUAGCGAUAGUCCCCCAGAUUAUAUACCCAUGAUGCCGCCCUCGUACGAAGAUGCCAUGGCCUUGAGCGAAAAGUUUAGCGAUGAUAUCGAAUUCCUGACAAAUGUUAGCAUGAGCAGCAUUUUGUCCGCUCAGGGCGACGUAACAAGUGAGCGUGAGCCCUUUAAACCGCGUUACCCGGUCUAUUACGAUUACGAGACACCGACCAUACCGCCCGAGACGCUCUACAGUGAAAGCUCGAACACGCAGAUACGGUACGCUGUGCCACAGGAAACGGAUGAGAAUGGAACGAACGAACAAGGAACAGCUGAUCUAUUGAACCGCGAGAAAAAGUGACGCAGAAUGCAAAAGCAAAACAAACACAAACAUAUUUAAUCAAAAUCUCAAAGUCGAAUUAAUCGAAUUAAAAGAAAUUGCAAAAAAAUUCUUGGCGCAUAUUAUAUACUAGUUUAUAAGUCUGAUCUGGAUUAACCAUAGAUAACUGUUUUGCAAACCGGAUAUAUAAAACAUAUAUACAAUGUAGAGCGCAUAAAUUAAUCAAAAUCUAUUCAACAUUCUGUUGAGCAAUAAAAAGAAGUUUAUUUUUUUUCUUUUCCAUAUUUUUUUAAAUUCUUUGACUCGAUUUCCAGUGCAAGAAAAAAUUUCUUUAUUUUCUUAUUUUCCAAAGCAAUCCUAAAAAUGUAUUGAUCUAGCGCAGUCAGCAUACGAUACUUACCAUAUAAAGUAAUGAACGUAGUUAAUCCAUACUUAGUCAAAACUCUUAGGCCUAAGCGAAAUAUUUAAACAAUUGCACAAUUUUACCAAAAACAACAACAACAACAACAAACUUAACAUUUUCAAUGUUUAUAAUAUCUAUUAAUGAAAUUUACACUUGAAAUUAGCCAAGAAUUAGAUUAUAUAAUUAAAUUUUGAAUUGAUUUUAUGUCCAAGUCCAAGUCCAAAUUAAAUUAAAAGUACUUUUCAAUGUAAUUGUCUGGUAUUUACCUAUCUAUCUAGCACAUCAUCAUCGUAAAUAUAUAUAAAGUGUCUAAAUUUAGUUAUAUCUACGACAAAUUUGAAGAACAUGUCAGAAUCAAACUAUUCUAUGUUUAUAAACUCGUGUAUACUUCCCCUGAUUUGUAACCAGUCUAACCAGUAACUAAUAUUAAGAAAAUAUUCUGUCUUCAAUUAACUCAAAUUUCAACCAAAAUGGAGCAAUAUAUAUAAAUAUAUAUUAUUAUAUGUAUAUCCAAA